UUGUUUGUGGGAGUCUGAGCUGAUCUGAGGCCGGCAAAGGUCACCUUCAGAGUUCCUGGGGGGAAAAAAAACCACAACAGAAUCUUGAGCUGGCAAUGUGUAAAUGUUGAGAGAAACAGGGAAUCUUUGGUACAAAAGUCUGUUCUGGAAGCUAGAUAAUGUGUAAAUGUGGAGCUCUAGGACAGAUAAGAAUUUCUCAUCUAAGAGACUUAAAGCAUGGUGAUAAAUGUGCAGCUCUUAGAAAGUAUGUGUAAAAACAUACCUCAGGUUCUGCUGGGGAGCUGGUACUCAGCAUGCUUUCAGAUAUGCAGAAAGGGAUAAGCUUGACUGGGAGGAAUAAAGAGGUUGCAGAGAAAAAAUCUACUAGUUAUGAGGAAAUAAAGAGUGUGGCAGUGAGUAAAACUAAAUGGUGGCAAAUGCAAAGAAAGCAAAACAAACACAAAUGCAGAACCAUAAGCUUUACUUUAAUAGUGAAAUAGGAUAAAAGGCCUUGGUGAUAAGAACCUGAGUCUUGCCACAGCAAAAGAUGAUACAGCAUGAAGUGGUUCAGCCCAGGCAAGGAAGACCCCACCUCUUCUCACUGCCAGGUGUCACAGGAUGUAUUUUGCAUGGAGCAUUUGCCUCUCUGCUAACCCAGUGUGAGGGCUGCCACCUAAUUAAAUAAUCUUCUGUCCUGACCCUUCAAAGGCUGUAAGCAGCUUUUCCCAGCAAAGCAGUUUGCAGUGCCAUCAUGUGCGUGAAAUGAAAUAAGCUGUUAGAGCUUUCAAGGAAAAUGUAAUGCAGCAUAAUCAGAUAUAUCCACACAAAUGAACAUUCAAGGCCCUCUCAGCUGAGGACAUGGAACUGUGCUGAGGGUAGCAUGUUUAAUACCUGGAAGCCAAUGUGGGUUGUGCUCUUAGAAGAUGGAAUUGAAUUCUACAAGCGGAAGUCUGACAACAGCCCCAAAGGGAUGAUCCCACUAAAAGGAAGCACCAUCAACAGCCCAUGCCAAGAUUUUGGAAAAAGAAUGUUUGUCUUCAAGCUCACUGCAGCCAAGCAACAAGACCACUUUUUUCAAGCCUCCUACCUGGAAGAGAGAGAUGCUUGGGUACGGGAUAUCAAAAAGGCAAUUCAGUGCAUAGAUGGAGGUCAAAGAUUUGCCAGGAAAUCCACAAGAAAAUCCAUUAGACUGCCUGAAACAAUCAACUUGAGUGCUUUGUACCUCUCAAUGAAAGAUCCUGAAAAGGGAAUAAAGGAAUUGAAGCUGGAAAAAGAUAAAAAAGUGUUCAAUCACUGCUUUACAGGCACUGCUGUGAUUGACUGGCUGGUGUCUAGCAACUCCAUCCGAAAUCGCAAAGAAGGCCUCAUGCUUGCCUCCUCUCUCUUGAAUGAAGGCUACCUGCAGCCUGCAGGAGAUACAUCCAAGGCUGCAGCUGAGGGACUGUCAGAUACCCCUUUCCUGGAUCUUAGUGAUGCCUAUUACUACUUUCCUGACAGUGGAUUUUUCUGUGAGGGGAAUUCUAGUGAUGAUGAUGUGGUCCUGAAAGAAGAAUUCAGAGGCAUGAUAGUCAAACAAGGAUGUUUAUUAAAACAGGGGCAUCGGAGGAAAAACUGGAAAGUGAGGAAGUUUGUUUUAAGAGAGGACCCUGCGUAUCUUCACUACUAUGAUCCUGCUGGAGGAGAAGAUCCACUAGGAGCAAUCCACUUGAGGGGCUGCGUGGUCACUGCAGUGGAAGAUAUGCCAGACUCCAAGAAGUAUGAUGUUGAAAACAACCUGUUUGAAAUAAUCACAGCAAGUGAAGUCCACUAUUACUUGCAAGCAGCUUCAUCCGCAGAGCGUACAGAGUGGAUCAAAGCAAUUCAGACAGUUGCUAGGACUGGGAAAUGAAGAUGAUCCACCAGCGAGAAGAAGGACAACUGAAACUGGUUGCUCAAAACAAAAUGAGAAUUUUAGCUUUUCACUGAGAUAAAGUCGUGUCAACCAGAAAAGCCUCCUAAGGCUUGUGGGUUGGGAGGGGGGGAAUAAGUUUCAGUUCUGUAGUGGGCACUACCGCAACAGAAGAGGAAAGUAUCUUACUAAAUUAUAGCAUAGAAUGUUACAUUAGUGUGUGCUUCUUGUAGUAUUCAGUAUACCUUGGGAAGGUUAUAUCUUAUGCCUUUUCCUGCUGCCACUGCUGAUAGCGAGAAUUUCACCACUAAGAGGGGACAGGAUCUUGUUGCUAUCUGUACACAAGGAAUAGCCACUUAUGAUUCAGCCUUUACUGUUUGAGUAUCUUCUAAUAACUCAAGGGAUUCCCAAGACAAACUUUCUUCUUUACCUUUCUUCUUUACUAGCCUGUCUUUCUACUGCCAUGUUCAGCUUUCCAAGUAAUGCAAUAGAGCUAAGAACUGGAUGUCAUCAUGUGAGAUUCUGCAUGUAGCCUUUUUCUUAAAAAAAGAAGUUAAAAAGAAACUUAAAAAAAGUAAUUAGAUUCCUUAUCCUGAAGAACUUUUAUUCAAAUUUCUUGAAACUCAGAAAUAAAUAUGGUUCUAAAGCUUA